AUGUUCUUCAAUUACCAACAAAUGGUUUUACCAGUAUCUGAGCUAAGAUCUCAAUUGUACAAAGGAAUUCAGUCUAAACGUCUCGAUUCGACAUUUUCGUUUAAAAUAUUUCCGGUCUUUAAGUUCUGCACGAAGCCAGAGACUCUUAUGGAAUAUUUAGAAGAAGUUAUAGCCCCUUACAUUAACUACAUACAUUCAAAUUCCGAUAAAUUAACCCACGAUUUUUUUGAAAGUACAAUCAUCAUUAUGUAUAUGUUUUCACAUCAGUUAGUAGAGUUUUCAGACAGAAUCGAUGUUUUUUCCAAAGAUUUUAAUCUAAUCUACGAUUUACUUACAAAGGUAUUCAAUUUCCCAACAACAACUUCUCAAAGGAAAUUUGUGACUUCCAGCCUCGAUUACGAUAACCCCCAAGUCAAAAAUUUGUACGUCAAUCAAAAUUUAUUAAAUAAUACAAAAUAUUCCUUUGUUCAAUACAUUGCAAGUUCUGGAAUUCUAAACGUCAACUCAACUAGUCUUUACAACAAAGAAUUCUCCAAGUUCUACAAAAAAGUCGGACUUUUAUUAGCUCCUUUUCUUGUUACUGAGUUCUGCGAUUAUUUAGCAAUAAAGUUGGCCGAUUAUUACGAAAAUAUCGAUAUUCUUACAUUCCUUAUCUCAUUACAUUUAAGUCAACAGAAUUAUGAUAUAGUAUCUGCACUUUUCUUCGACAAAAUAUCAGAGCUAAUGAAAGAUAACAUGGAUUCAUGCAUGGAAUGCUUACACAGUAUCAGCCAGACAUCUUCUCCUUUGACACUCGCCGCAUUAAAAGAAUUCAUGGUAGAUAAGGGAUUUGCGUUAUUUAAACACAACGAUUACCUCGAGCAAUUAAAAUUUUUACUUCAGAAAAUAUCAUCCUUGCUUUCCAAUGAGGAAUUAUACUCAAUUUUGAGGUUGAAUAAUAAUUUGAUCGAAAGUGUCACUCAAUAUCAGACAGAUCUCGCACCAGACAUCAUAGAAAUAUUAGCCAACAUUAAUAUCAACGCAGCAUUACCUUUUGUCAUUGAUUUAUUCGAGAAAAAUAAUGCAGAUUUCAAGGAUCCGAGAAAUAUCAUUUAUCUUGUUCUUCUUCAUGGUUCAAUCAAUGAUUUCAACAAGAUCAUGGCUUCUGCUGCCAACUACAAAGACAUUUUCAUUGAUUUGAUCCAAAAUAACAAAGAUUUCGAUCCUUCUUAUUUGAUAACAAUUUGUAAAGUUAUCAAAAACCUCUCGCUCGAAGUUAAUUGUUUGCAGGAAAUUUCGGAUUCAUUAAUGGACAGUUUAGACUCAUUAGACGUUGCAAAAGUAUUCGCAGACUAUGAUUUCCUGCCCAUUUCUGAUCAGGAAUAUUUUUGUUUGAUAACUCCAAACUGUCAAAACCGUUAUUUGGCUCUCAAAAAGAGAAAUCUUCAUUACAAGAUUAGCGACACAGAAAACAAAGGCUGGGUUGAUUACGCUAUUCAAUGCUUUGAUGAAACAAAAGAUGUGUUUUUCGCUGAACAACUCGCAAAAACUAACAACAAAGAAAUAAUCCAGAAAUUAAUAAACGAACUAAAAAGUGUCGAUUUCAUGUUGUCAAAAACAAAUUUAACAGAUUUUGACUUCACAAAUGUAAUUCCAAGAGAUUAUUCUCAAGAAAUACUCAAAGAUAAGAAUAAUUUCGUUUUAAUCCAUAAAAUUCCAAAAUUUAAAUUUAAUUUCGAUGCAAAUUUGGCUGAAACCGUUUGUAAACUUCUCAAUUCAGAAAAUGAAGUGAUUUGCGGUUAUUACUAUUUAGAUAAUGCCAUAGAAUAUGCAGGAGAAGAGUUUUGGUCUAAAAUAAGUGAAAUCCCGCUCAAAAAUGAUUUCAAUUUCUUGCCAGUAAUUCAUUUUUAUUCAAUGCUAAAAAUUGGCAAAUUUGACACAAUUUACAUGUCAAAAAUUUUAUCACAACUUAUUAAGUCGAACAACGACAAGGCUGUUAUUGAUUUUAUUGAGAAAUUGGGCGACAACAAAAUCGAUUUCAGAAGUCUCAAAAAUACAAAAUUACCAAACUCUAAUUUUGUCAUAAAUCUUUUGAAACAAUGUGAUAAUUUGACACCAGAAUUAGCUGAUGAAGCAUUUUUGACAUUCCCAAUCAAGUCAUUCCGUUAUUUGGCUACAAAAUCCGAUAAAGGUGAAAUAUUCCAAAAUAACCUUAAAUCAAGAUUGAAUACUUUAUUGGCCGGCCAAAUAACCAUUCCUGAAUUUGAAGAGAUUAUUGAUGUUUAUUUCGAUAUCACUGAAAACGAAUUUGCUUUAGAAUUGGCUUUCCAACUUUUCACAACAGAAUUUACUCCUAUUUUCAGAACCAAUAUGUUUUACAAGAAAAUUUCGAAAGUUUUUGCAGAUAAUUUCGAAUUGUUCAAAUGUUUCCUCAGCGAAUGCGAACUUGCAAAAACUUAUUCCUCUCCUUUCAUAAAAGCUCUUGGAGAAAUGUCACUUUUUGUCAAUUCAUCUGAUUCCAAACUUGCGAAAGAUGCUUCAGAUGCUGCCAAAAAUAAAAACGUUAGCGGUUAUCAAACUGCCAAUGACAUUUUGUCAAAAUUGCCAAAACGUUUUGAGAUGACAUUCUUGGAGAAAAACAUCACAGAUAAUGAGGUAAAAUAUGUGACAGAGAAUCAUUUCAAUCUCACAAACUGUGAUUCAAUAAAUUCAGGAAUUUCUGACACUUUUUCUGUUUACGAAGAUUUAGAAGAAAACAAAAUUAUCAGAAAACAAAGAUAUUUGACGAAAACUCCCAAAUAUUUCGUCAUUUCUUUGUUUUCAAGUUCAAAUGACACAAAAGUUGAUGAACAAAUAGAUUUGACAGAUUAUAUCUUGCAAAGUGGCAAAACCGCUGUCUAUCGUCUUUGUUCAUAUGUUGGUAAGAAAAAUGACAAGUAUCAUUUGAACCAAUUUUCACCUGUUUUGGCUUUUUACCAGAAACAAAAGUCAGAAACAUAUCUUUCAUAUAAACCUGAUGAAAAGAAAUCAGAAAUCAUCGAAGAAAUAAUGAAAUUAGAUUUCGAAGUUUUCGAUAAAUUCGAAUUAUCGUUCUUCAUGUUUAACGAGCUCAAUUCUGCCGAUUUGUUUGAAUAUUUCUGUCAAAAUGAUCCUUCUUUCAUCGAAAGUUGUGUUGAAAGUAAUUUGUCAGAAAUUUGCCAGUUAUCGUCUGACAAAAUUUCUAUUUUUGGAGAACUCAUCAAAGACUAUGAAGAUACAGACCUCCUUAGACAGUUGUUACUUGAUUUAUUGACAAAACCAGAAACAAUUUCCAACGCCGUUUCACUUUUAAUCUCUAAAACAAAAGACAUCAAAGAAGUAUUUGAAAUUUUCGUUUCAAAUCAUAUACCUCUAAAGCCAUUAUUGCAAAACGUGACAGAUCAAAUUAUCACAUUUGAUGACUCGAUGAUUUCUAUGAUAAUGAAAGAUAAGGAAGCAAUGUAUUAUAUUCUGAGUUUGGCUGACUACAAAUUCAUCCAAUUCUUCCUUCCUUUGUCAAAAAUUUCUGAAGAAGAAUUUGACAAAAUUUCCAAAAUCGUCCCGUCUGAUUAUUUGUCAGAAAUGCUGAUUAGAAACGGCAACAAAGUCUUUGCGAAGAAGUUCAAUUCUCAGUGCCAAGACAACGAGAAAUUCAAAGCUUUCAUUGGCGAAAUCAACGAAAAAUCAAUUUUAGAAAUGUUGAAUUCCAAUUCAAUUUCUACAAUUGAAAAUUCAGUUCAUUUGGCCGCAGAAAGCAAUUUAGUAGGAAAACUCGAUAACGAAUGCAUUAGAGGCAUCCUAAGCAUCAUUCAUUCCGAUAUCUGCACCGAACAAAACCUUUCAAGACUUAGAUGUUAUUUAGAUCUUUUAGGAAACAAAAGUCUUUUCCCUAAGAGUGAAUCAAACUAUUUGAUUUCUUACAUUUAUAGAUGUGCUCGCAAUAGAAUCGAAUAUUCAUUUUAUAACCAGAUUCUUCCUUUAGAAAACUUUGAUUGGGCAGUUGGUACCGCAAUUAUUGCAUUUAAUCCAUCAAUGAAUUUGAUUGAAAUUGCUUUCAUCGCCAGUUUGAAGCUUUACUCAUAUUUUGCUGUGAAGAACCUAGAAAAAUAUAAUGAUGCUUUAACAUUUGAUUUCAUCGAAGUUGUCGCAAACGAAAUCCACAAACAACUUGCUAAGAAAGAUAUUGACCAAAAUCUUAUUAGAUGGUAUCACGACAUCUUACUAAGAUUCCCAAGAGUUUGGAAUUUCGUGAAACCCAUUUUUGAUGAUGGAACAUUUGGCGUAAUUAACGAUAAAGAAGGUUUUCUUUUGGUUGCAUUAAUAGCCUUGUUUGAUAGUGGAUUUACUUACCCGAACGAAGAAAAAAGAUUAAUGUCUGAUUAUGUUUUCUCUUACUUUGCUAAAAACCAAAAUUUGAUUCCACAAGAAUACGAUGUAAGAGUGCAAACAAUCAUGAAUAUGAUUAGUGGAUUCAAAUGGAUGAGUGACACAAACUACAUGGUUGACAAAUUGCAUUUCUUCGCAAAUGCUUCCUUCGUUUUCCCAUUUAUAAGAUCUUAUAUUUUCCAGAAUAAUUUCGUUGGAAAUAUCAAAACAUUGUACUCAAACAUUAUCCCUGUUGAUGUUUGCAACGAAUUAAGUUACUUAGUACAGAUUUUGCUGCAAAAGAGUUUGAUUACUGAAGUUAUUUCUUCCUCACAUGACAUUACUUCAACUGCAAGAAUGUUGUUUGAUUCGUUCGACAUUUGCAAGAAAUCUUGGCCUGCAACUGAAAUUUUGAUUGAUUGUUUGCUGAAAAUCAAAUCAAGUAACGUCAAAGAUGUCGUGAAAUACAUUGAUUUGGAUGGUUUCUACAAGUGUUUGAAGGUUAUUCCAAUGGACUACAGGUGGAUGAACAUCAGAAUAAUCAUUGUUUACUUGAUGAACGCAAACAAUAACAGCAUUGAUUUGAAUGACAUAAGAUCUUUCAUUAACACAAUUAAAGUCGAAAAAGAAGAGCAAGAAAGAGUUGCAAUCGCUGCAAACAUUAUCAGAAAGUUACCUGAGAAAUGGCCGAUUAUUUUGAAGAACGAAUUUGACUCAAAAUUCAAACAAAUGAGACAAAUACCAGAACUAGAAAAGUAUGUCAAAAUACUUUACUAA